AUGCCCGAGACCGUUCAACCCGAGACAAGCAACCUCCCAGAGGUUAUUGCGUUCAAGACAGCCGAUGGUCAGGCCGGUGUCCAAGUCAUCAGCAUCGACGAGGAGCAGAGUGUCAGCUCUGGAAGCGCAUCUGUUCAUGACGGAGCCGAGUCCGUUACUACACAUGACCCCAGUGAAGAUUCUGAGAAGUUUUCAGAAGAGGAUGUGUCUAUUGCCUUGAAUGCUACUAAUGCUGAUGCCGUCCCUGAUCUGAUCAAGGAGAUCACCACUUUGGGUGAGACCUUUGACAAGGAAGACUCAGAUGCCAGACUGAAGCUCAUGGCCAAGGCUAAGAGCCUUUGGCAGUCACUUGAGACCCCAAGAGAGACCAUGCUCCGACACUGCUGGGCUGAGCCUUCACUUCAUUGUGCUUUGACUGCCGGUACCGAUAAGGGACUCUGGCCUUACCUUGCGAAGAUUAACGGCCCCUUCAACGUCGCCGAAGUUGCUGAAGCAAAGGGGAUUGAGCCCGCUCUUCUCUCCCGUCUCCUCCGCCAUGUCUCAGCAAUGGGCUACCUCACCGAAGUCGGACAAGACCGAUAUGAGCUCAACAACUUUACCAAGUCUAUGGCCUUCCCCUUCAUCAACGCCGGAUACCCUUGCAUUUCUGGUGCAUGCCUCAACGCUCUUGGCAAGUUCCACGAGUACGCCAACAACAACGGAUGGAAGGAUCCCACAGACAUCAGCAACUCUCCCCUCCAACACGGAUACAGCACAAAAAAGACCUUUUUCGAGCACCUUCACACCAACCCCCCUUACGGCCAGAUGUUCCACCUUCACAUGGGUGGCUACCGACAAGGUCGACCUUCGUGGAUGGACGCCGACUUCUUCCCUGUUCAGGAAAAGCUUCUCAACGGAUUUGACCAGAGUGAGGAUGCUACUCUUCUCGUAGAUAUCGGCGGUUCCUUCGGCCAUGAUAUCGGAGAGUUCCGUCGAAAGUUCCCCGACGCCCCUGGACGUCUUGUCCUCCAGGAUCUUCCCGUCGUCAUCGACCAGAUCACCAAGCUCGACGAGAAGAUCGAGAGAACAAAGUACGACUUCUUCACCGAGCAGCCCAUCAAAGGUGCCCGCGCAUACUACAUGCACUCAGUCCUCCACGACUGGUCCGACGAGACGUGCACCAAGAUCCUCAAGAGCGCCAUGGGAGCUAUGAAGCCCGGCUACAGCAAGCUCCUGAUCAACGAAAACGUCAUCCCUAACACAGGCGCUCAGUGGGAGGCGACGGCCCUCGACGUUAUGAUGCUGACGCUGCUGGCCUCGAGGGAGCGUACCCAGGAGAACUGGGAGAACCUUCUCGGCAAGGCGGGUCUCAAGAUCUGCAACAUCUGGACUGUUGCCAAUGGUGUUGAGAGCCUGAUUGAGUGUGAGCUCGCAUGA